CAAGCUCGAAGGAGGGUGCACGUAGAAUUUGGGCAUCCGUCGUAAACAAACAAAUGCCUAAAAAGAUCACGAAUUGUUCAUCGUGUGAGAGCUACAUGAAGUAAAUAACUGUGGAAAGAGCACUGUUCAACAAUGGUUAUCAAGAAGGUUUGUUGCAUAGGAGCAGGUUAUGUUGGUGGACCAACAUGUACAGUCAUAGCCUACAAGUGUCCAGAGGUGACAGUGACAGUUGUUGACUUGAGUCAAGAGCGAAUCGACCAAUGGAACUCAGAAGACUUCAAUCUUCCUAUAUACGAGCCGUCUCUGGUAGAAGUGGUCAAAGAAUGCCGUGGUAGAAACCUGUUCUUCUCAACAGAUAUUGAUACUGCUAUACAAGAAGCUGAUCUUAUCUUUAUCUCUGUCAACACACCCACCAAAACAUUUGGUCUUGGAAAGGGACGAGCCCCAGACUUGAAGUACAUUGAGAAUGCAUCAAGAAGAAUAGCAAAGAUCGCUGAUACGGAUAAGAUUGUUGUUGAGAAGAGUACUGUACCAGUGAGGGCAGCAGAGAGUAUUCAGCGCAUCCUUCAGGCCAACAACAAACCAGGCUGCUCAUUUGAGGUUUUAUCAAAUCCAGAGUUCCUUGCAGAGGGUACAGCAAUUAGGGAUCUGUUGAAUCCCGACCGUGUUUUGAUUGGCGGAGAUGAGACGCCAAGAGGGCGCCGCGCUAUGGAAGAUCUCGCAUGCGUCUACGAGAAUUGGAUCCCAAGGAAGAAGAUUAUACUCACCAAUACCUGGUCAUCAGAAUUAUCCAAACUGGCUGGUAAUGCUUUUCUAGCUCAACGUAUAUCAAGUAUUAAUGCAAUGAGUGCUAUCUGUGAAGCAACGGGAGCUGAUGUAGCAGAGGUAGCGCAUGCUGUAGGCACCGACUCCAGGAUUGGCCCCAAAUUCCUACAGGCUAGUUUAGGGUUUGGUGGAAGCUGUUUCCAGAAAGAUGUUCUGAAUCUGGUGUAUCUUUGUGAAGCUCUAAAUCUACCUGAAGUCGCUGCCUAUUGGCACCAGGUGAUUGCAAUGAAUGAUCUUCAACGAAGGCGCUUUGCAAACAAGAUCAUCAGUUCAUUGUUCAACACGGUUACAGACAAGAAAAUAGCAAUCUUGGGUUUUGCCUUUAAGAAAGAUACAGGAGACACAAGGGAGUCUUCCAGCAUCUACCUAUGCAAGUUUCUGAUGGAGGAAGGUGCUCACUUGAACAUAUAUGACCCACAGGUGGUCCCACAACAGAUCUUGAGUGAGCUCAAGUAUCCAAGCAUUUGUGACGACCCAAAGAAAGUGGAUCGACUGGUGACUAUAUUUAAAAGCCCCUAUGAGGCCAUCAAAGACACUCAUGCCUUUGUCAUUUGCACUGAAUGGGAUGAAUUUGUGACUUUGGAUUAUCAGACGAUUUACAACAGCAUGCUGAAGCCAGCAUUUGCCUUUGACGGUAGACGUGUCCUAGAUCAUGAUAAUAUGCAACAGAUCGGCUUCCACAUUGAAACCGUAGGGAAGAGAAGGAACAUGAAAGGAUUGAAUGGUUACACACCCGUCACUCCAUGAUGGGACGCUAUCAAGGUGUCUCCCAAUCAGUACUGCUCUCAAAAUCAAUACAUUCCUACAACUCUGCUGCAAGUGUGUAUUAAUUAGCGACAGUAUUCACCCUGGUAUCAACUGACUAGAACUGUUUGAAACAUGUCAAUAUGUAAGAAGUAUUUUCAAAAAGUAAAUAUUAAUCUUGCAGGUACACAACCAUGUAUUCAAUCUAUUUUGUUGGAGUUUUUCACUGAAAAGACUCGGUGUGGUCUCAACGUCAAGAGCAGAUUAUACUGUUCAAGAUGUCCAGACCAAACCUGCUCUUCUCAGAGCCAACACUCCCCAAAAAAGAGAUUUAAUACACGGUUGUACUCGCAAGUUUACUCUCUAAUAUUUUAUAGUUUUUUUUUUUUUUUUUUUACACUAUGCAAAGCUUCAAACACCACAAUAAUAUGUGAUGCGAUCAUGCAAAAUGAGUAGUUUGUCGACCCAGGUCAGGUAAACAAAAUCAUACAUUUGGAAAGAGCAUAACAAGUACUCAAUACUGUUGAAACCCCAUGCUGAUACCACCUUUGGUUCCAAAGUUUUAAAAAAGAAACGCCAAGAGAUGCAAGAGAAUAUGACAAAGAAUACAUUGGCACAUUUUCUUUCAAUGCAAAUGUUAACCUUUUUUAUGUUAUUCUUUUUAUCAGGAAGGAAGUUGGCAAUUAUAAUAACAUAGGAUAUAUUUUGGCAGUGAAAAAAAAAAAAAAAGUAACCCCUGUUGGCCUGUUUUGGCUUUUUUCUCCAUACUGAUGCUUUCCACAAACAUCUCAUUUAGCUUGAUUGCAUCACGUUAUGAUCAUUGACCAAACACAACUUUGAGUGCUAUAGACCUUUAUCACGAUGUAGCCAUCUUGAUAUUACUCCAUUCCAACUCUUUGUAACCAAACUGAGGCUGGAC